AUGGAGGCGGGUGAUCCGACACCACUUAACGACGUGCGGUGCCAGGAACCAGAGGAACGUGCGGAUGUAGAUGCACGUGCUCGCAUGGACGAACGCGCUGAAGCUGCUGACGUGGACGGAAUGACUGAGCACGUGGCUCUGAUAGAUGAGAGCAUGGCGGACGCCUAUCUGGACGAUAAUGACCAUCUCGACGACGCCAGCGACGACGAUGGCGAUGACGGCGACUCGGAUUUGUCCGCGGACGACGUUGGCGAUGCGGACGACGUUGGCGAAGAGGCAGGCGACAUAGAGGGUGGAGGAGGCGCCGUAGAGGAUGUGGGGGAGCCGAUUGAGAGACGGGGAGGUACGGCGGGGGAGGAGACGGAAGAAGAGCUGGCGGCGGAACAAGAAGAGGAGGAGGAGGAGGAGGAGGAGGAGGAGGAGGAGGAGGAGGAGGAGGGGGAGGAGGAGGAGGAAGACGAGGAACUGGAUGAGGCACAGCGCGGUAGAGUUGCUGACGACGACGAGGCGAGCGUUCACUCGGAGGAGGAAGAGGAGGAAGGGGAGGAGGAAGGGGGGGAGGAGGGGGAGGGGGUAGGCGCGCGUGAGGGGGAUGGAGAAGCUCGCGGUCAAAGGGAAGGGGGGACGGUUGGCGUUGGCGAUGAGAUGACGGGCGGAAUGGACGUACGGAGGGGCGAAGGAGGGGCGGAUGAGGGAAGGGGAGAGGUGGGAGGUGAAGAGGCGGAGGUAGCAGGAGAGGGGAGGAGAGGAGCGCAAACAGAUGGGCGUGUGGUGGGCGAGGAGAAGGAAGCGAAGGAAAGCGGUGCGCAAUCAGAGACGGCGGCAGGAGCGAAGGGCGGAACGGAGAGGGCAGAGGUUUCUGCAGCAGCGGAAGCACGUGUGACCGGAGCCGCGCCUGGAGAAGGGGAGACACAAGAAGCACGAGAGGGUGGUGCUGCGGGAGAGAUGCCCUCGCCAGGGGACGCUCGCAUAGCGGAGGGAAGGGCGCCUUCAGCCAGUGACGCAGCUGUAGCAGCUGCAGAUGCACCUUCAGCAGGGGAGGCAGCUGUGACGGCGGUUGAGGUGCCGGUGGCGUAUGUGAAGCGCAUGAUGCGCCUGGAUGGCGAGGUGGGGCACGUUUCGUCCGAUGCCGCCCAGCUGGUGGCCUCCGCCGCCCACCUCUUCCUCGAGAGCCUCGCUGCUGCCGCCUUCUCCCGCACUCGCUCCUCCCGCCGCCUGACCAUCACCCAGGCUGACGUGGCAGCUGCUGUGCGCUCAUCAGACAAGAUGAGCGAGUUCAUUGGCUCGUCCAUAUCCUGCCUUCGACACGCCAGCAGCGGUCCAGCUCGUGUUGGCGCAGCAAGGGGUGUGGGGAGAGUGGGCACGGAGGGGUCGAGGAAAAGGGUGAGGGCAGAGGCAGCAGCGCCAGCAGCAGUGCGGGACAGGAAGGCGAGAUUUAUCACCACUUUUUUCCUCAAGUCGUAG